AGUCCAAAACCUCCCAGAUAUAAUCCCCCACUUCCAGGGGGAUUAUAUCUUCCUUCGUGCCCUCCUUCCCCAAAAUGACUCUCACAAACGGAAUGCAGUCCCAGGAUAGCCGCGCGUCCUUCCAGCGGCCUCCCGCAUUCCCUUGACUCCAUUUACAGCCCUUGCUUAUGCCAGGGGUAGAAACUCAGGGAAAGGCGCUUCUCGGCCGCUGGGAGGACUGGCCUUGGCCGGAAACGUCGGCUUGUCGUGAUCGGGUCCCUCGGCCAACCAACGGCUUUCCCGAACCGGAGGAAGAGGCUGGUCGCACCUGGGCGAGAGAGAGAGUAAAAAUGGGAUUCGUCUUUUCAAAGUCCAGGAAUGACAUCAUCAAGAAUCAACAGGAAUUCAUGGUUAUGAACUCUCGACUUCAGCUAGAGAGGCAAAUCCUAAUGCAGAACCAGAUGCGAGAAAGGGUGAUGGCUACGAAUAUUGCUUGGACCCGGGAAUUUCUAAAGUAUUUUGGAACAUUUACUGGCCUUGCAGCUGUGGGUCUAACCAUUGGGGCAGUUAAAAAGAAGAAGCCUGGACUCUUCCUUCCCUUGGUUCCUUUGAGCUUUAUACUUGUCUAUCAGUAUGACAUGGGUUAUGGAUCACUCCUUCAAAGAAUUAAAAGUGAAGCAGAGAACAUACUUGAUUCUGAAUGCUCGAUGCUAGAAAUGCCAAAAGGACCCAUCACUUUUGAAGACAUUGAAAAAGCCAGAAGAGCACAGAGCAAAUUUGUUAUUGAAAAGUAGUUUACUGACAAACCAGUACAUUAAUGACAAAGAUGUGCAUUUAUAAUCAUGUUGCUGACUUCAGUACUCUGAUCCAACAGUGUGUGCAUAGCGCUUUUUCAGUAUGCCUAAAAUAUUAUCAACCAUUCAGCUGUUUGGCAGGGGGGAAAAAAGAAACCUGGAUAUGCAGUACCUCUUAUAACAUCAGUGAAGAAAAUUAUGUCCACAGCACCCUAACUGGAUUGGGGCAAAAAUCUUCAAAAAUAUUGUUGAAAUGUAAUGUGAUUUUUGAAAUAAAACUGAUUUAAUACAGAA